AUGCUAUCUGAUAUAAGAACACUGUUCACCCAAAAUUCUCUGGAUUCUGAUGUAAUCCUCGAAAAGGCGUUAGAAUUGGGAUCUGAUUAUCUGCGAGGUGGUUGGAUUCAUCUGGAAAGAAAUGAAGUUGAAGUGACCCAAAUCACUGGUGGUCAAUCGAAUCUGAUCUAUCUCGCAACAGCAACGAACGAAACGAAAUUUUCAUCCGAGACACCAAAAUGUUUCCUGAUCAGAAUACACUGCCAACCAGCUCAACAGGUGUUCAAUGACACUGUUAUUUUCUCUGUCAUGUCGGAACGGGGAUUGGGACCAAAACUAUACGGAUUCUUUCAAGGAGGAAGACUGGAAGAAUUUCUUCCCAGUAAAACUUUAGAUACGGAUAGUAUCAAACUUCCAGAAAUCUCUCGUCAGAUUGGUGCUCUUUUCCCGAAGUACCAUGACAUUGAUGUUCCGAUAUCGAAAAGUGCAGGAGCACUAAAGACCAUUAGGCAGAAUCUAGAGUCGUACAAACAACUGGGAGGAUCGGUUCACACAAUGCGACCAAAUUCUGUAAAAUAUGAAAAGGAGGAAACUCGGAAAACGAUCUCAGUGGAAGAAUUAGAGAAGGAAAUAGAGACAUUCGAGAAAUGGUCAACCAUUUUUGAUGAUACAAUUGUCUUCAGUCAUAAUGAUUUAGCGCCCUUGAACGUACUUGAACUAGAUGCCACAAAGGAACUCGUUUUCAUUGAUUUCGAGUAUGCAUGUUAUAACUGGAGAGGCUAUGAUUUGACCAUGUUCCUCUGUGAGAAUGCAUUCGACUAUCGUGUGCCGCCCCCAGGAGUUUGGAUCGAUCAGGAAUUCGUGGAGAAUCAUCCUAAUUUGCAGAUAUUCUGUGAAGCCUAUGUGGAUACUCUCUAUAAGAUGAAGGAGCAGAACCCAGAUCGAAAGUUCCCACUGUCUGAAGAUCGAUCCGCAGAAGUGUCUCGUUUGAUGAUGGAAAUCAAAUUCUUUAUUCCUCUCGCAAAUCUUUUCUGGGCGGUCUGGUCGCUCAGAGGAUUCUUGGCCAAGCAUGACAAUGGGCAUGACCUAGAAGUCGCCGCCAGCGAUCGUCUCACCAUGUACUUCCACUUCAAACCCCAAUCUGAGAAGAUCUACGAAAUGCUGAAAAAUGAGCAAUAA